AUGGCUGCUUCAGCUUCGCAGAUCCACCCGUAUGCACAGCAUUUGGGGGUACUGAAUCCUGUGGGUAUAGGACGGUUGGAAGUGGAGGCUCAGGAGCGCGAGCAGCGGGAACAGCGAGAGCAGCGCGAAAGAAGGCUUUCUGGAGCCAGCUCUUCAGAGUCGAAAGGUAACGGGAAAGCGGGUAUGAGCCUUUCUCCGACGCAAAGUGGGAGCGUGAGCACGAGUACUGGGACGGGUGCUACGUUGAGGGCUGUUUCUAGCGGCGGGAUGGGCCACGGGAGACGGCCAAAGUCCGUAGAUCUUUCGCAGUUGUACCUUGGCGGUGAAAAGGACGUGAGAUUUACGUCGACAAACGAGACGAUUGCGGAUGAGUCGCACAAGAUAAUCAGUGGAUAUUUGGGGAACGACUCUGCGGCAUCGUUGCUCUCGCGUCAGAAGACGAUUGAGAUGUACAAGGAGAAUGUGAAGAAGUCCAAAAACCCGGAUGUUUUGUUCCAGUACAGUCAGUAUAUGUUGCAAACUGCGCUUACUAUGAGCGCGGAUACGGCAGCAGCUGCUGCUGAUUCUGGGCAAGUGUCUGGGGAAUUGAGCGUAGAAGAACAAAGACAGCAGUUUCUCAAAGAGGCGUUGCACUACUUGAAGAAGUUGAGUGUCAAGGGGUACAAGGACGCCCAGUAUCUAUUGGGAGACUCGUACUCGAGCGGUGUUUUCGGGAAAGUGAACCAGAAGGAGGCGUUCGUUCUUUUCCAGGCAUCAGCAAAACAUGGCCACAUUGAGGCUGCUUAUAGAACUUCAAUCUGCUAUGAGGAAGGGUUGGGUACCAAGAGAGACUCGAGAAAAUGUAUCGAGUUCCUCAAGUUUGCUGCUUCAAGAAACCACCCUGCAGCAAUGUUCAAACUUGGUGUUUAUGCGUUUUACGCCAAGAUGGGUUUACCAGACGAUAUUAUCACAAAAAAAAACGGCCUAAAAUGGCUCUCGAGAGCUGCCGCUAAGGCCAACAGGUUGACUUGUGCGGCUCCUUACGAAUUAGCUAAAAUUUACGAAACAGGGUUUCUUGAUAUCUUAAUCGCAGAUAAAAAAUACGCAAUGGAAUUAUACGUGCAAGCAGCAUCGCUUGGUCAUAUGCCAUCAGCCACAUUGUUGGGCAGAAUAUAUGAAACAGGGAACGAAAUCGUGCCUCAGGAUACCGUACUCAGUGUUAACUACUACACUAUUGCAUCCCAUGGUGGUGACCCAGAAGCUAUGAUGGGUUUAUGUGCUUGGUAUUUGAUCGGUGCCGAGCCUGCGUUUGCAGCAGAUGAUAAAGAGGCUUUCGAAUGGGCAUUGAAGGCUGCUCGAUUGGGAUUCCCAAAGGCCCAAUUUACAGUGGGAUACUUUUACGAAAAGGGUAAAGGUGUGGAACCAAACGAAGAAAAAGCAGCUAAGUGGUACCGUGUAGCAGCUGAUAAUAAGGAUCCAAGAGCACUUAAUAAACUCAAAAUGAGUGAUAGAGCUACAAGAAAGGCAAGAAGUUUGAGUACGUUCAACUUUAGUUUCCUAAUGGAUCAGAAAGACGACAAAACAGAUACUAAAUCAUUUCACUUAAAUCUCGAUGAUCAAAACGACGAGGAUCACUCUGCAAAUUCGAAUGCUAAUGCAAAUGCUAUGAAUCAUAGACGUUAUAUGUCAGCUCCCGUCGAUGCGCUUCCGCAGCAAUAUCAGAGUACAACUCCUAAUGUGCCUGAAUCUGCCCCUGCUCCUGGCCAUGUCCCCGGACCGGGGGAACCUAGCCUUGGACAAGGACUUGGACAGGGACCCGGAACCCCUUCCACGAAAUAUAACACAAACUGGGAAACACCAGAACAAUACCACUCGCACAUUCACCAAAAAUCGCUAGAUCAACAUUCACAGAAAACCCCAAAUCUAAAGCCUCUCUCAAUGCAUGCUCGAAAUUCCAGUCAGGCCAAUAGUUCCGAUAUAUUUGGCCAGUCCGGAAACGUGAGGGGAAAGGCAAAUCUAAACUCAAAUUCUAACACAACCACAAAAGAAGGCAAGGAAAAGGGUAAAGCGAAGAACAAGGACAAGAAAGGAUGUGUUAUUAUGUAG